AUCUCGCAUACGACAGCCAUGGGCUUGUCCAUUCACCAUUGUCCAUUCGAGACACAACGAUGAGGGGGUAUAUUGCGGGACCCCGGAAAUUUUGGCCGUCGUAAGAAAUUUUUUUUUGCCCCCAUCGCUCUUUCUCGGCCUACAGGAUGGGCUGAGAGUAGAUAUUAAAACUGUGCCGCCGGCCCGUGUUUUGAAUUCUUUUUCACUUCGUUCUUCAGCUGCUGCUGUUCCUUUUCCCCUUGUCAGCUGCUAAGAUCGGGAGGGCUCAUUGUCUCUUUCAUGAUGGCAAUCGGCAACCUGUAUGUCAUCUCGGCCAUCGCCGUCAUCGGCGGUGGUCUUUUCGGCUUUGAUAUCUCGUCUAUGUCUGCUAUUAUCACCACCCAGUCCUAUCUUUGUUACUUCAACCAAGGCGGCAUGGAGUGGGACGAGUCGCUUCAAAAAAUGCAAUGUAAAGGUCCCAGUGCAGAUGUGCAGGGUGGCAUUACUGCCUCCAUGGCUGGAGGUUCUUGGUUGGGUGCUUUGAUGUCUGGUUUUAUUUCGGAUCACCUUGGUCGUAAAACUUCGAUCAUGGUCGGCUCUGUUAUCUGGUGUAUCGGUUCCAUUAUCGUUUGUGCCGCGCAGAACAUCCCCAUGUUAAUUGUUGGUCGUGUCAUCAACGGUCUCAGUGUCGGUAUCUGCUCUGCCCAGGUUCCAGUGUACAUUUCGGAAUUGGCACCUCCUGCCAAGCGUGGACGUGUGGUCGGUCUCCAGCAGUGGGCCAUCACCUGGGGUAUCAUGAUCAUGUUUUACAUCUCGUAUGGAUGCACCUACAUUGACGGCACCGCAUCUUUCCGGAUUCCUUGGGGUCUGCAGAUGAUUCCUGCGAUCCUACUUUUCCUCGGAAUGCUCAUCCUUCCCGAGUCCCCUCGUUGGCUGGCACGUAAAGACCGCUGGGAGGAGUGCCACGCCGUUCUAACCCUGGUCCACGGUCAUGGUGACCCCGACUCGCCUUUCGUUGUGCGCGAAUUUGAUGAGAUUAAGACGGUUUGCGAGUUUGAGCGCCAAAAUGCCGACGUCACUUUCAUGGAGCUCGUCAAGCCUAACAUGAUCCACCGAACCCAUGUCGGUGUCUUCACUCAGAUCUGGUCGCAGAUGACUGGUAUGAAUGUCAUGAUGUACUACAUCACUUAUGUCUUCGCCAUGGCCGGCCUGAACGGUAGCAACCUUCUGGUGUCGUCCAGUAUUCAAUACGUUAUCAACGUUUGCAUGACUGUUCCGGCCCUAAUUUGGGCUGAUCGCUGGGGUCGUCGCCCUACUCUGAUGCUCGGCGCUGUCGGCAUGCUGACCUUCAUGUACGCCAACGCUGGUCUUAUGGCAUCAUACGGCAGCCCGGCUCCCCCUGGUGGACUUCACGGCGUCGAGGCACAGUCCUGGGAGAUCACAGGCCCUCCCAGCAAGGCUGUCAUCGCAUGCACGUACCUGUUUGUCGCGUCCUAUGCUAUUUCAUGGGGCCCAACUAGCUGGGUUUACCCCCCUGAGCUAUUCCCACUCCGCGUUCGUGGCAAGGCCAAUGCUCUGUGCACUUCUUUCAACUGGGCCUUCAACUUUGCGCUGAGCUAUUUCGUCCCUCCCGCCUUUGUCAACAUUCAGUGGAAGGUCUACGUUCUCUUCGGUGUCUUCUGUACCGUUAUGUUCCUCCAUGUGUUCUUCAUGUUCCCUGAAACUACGGGUAAGACUCUGGAAGAAGUCGAAGCCAUCUUCACCGACCCCAACGGAAUUCCUCUCAUCGGUACUCCGGCAUGGAAGACCAAGAAUCACUUCACUGCUGCUGCUGUUCUCGAGGAGACUGGUUUCGACGAGGAAAAGAAGCUGGGAAGUGGUGCUUACCAAGAAGAGACGACCCCAAAGAAUUAGGCUACGAGAAAAGCAACAAAAAAAAUACCCCAACUAUCUUAUACCCACAUGUUAUAUUAAACAUAAAUAUUAGCUUUGUUCUUGUUCAUACUCUUGUUGACAUAGUUGACAUGAGUGGAUGAUUUUGAAAACGAUUGACGUUUUUAUGUGGCCUGUCUACG